AAACAAAAUGCCGGCCAGGCGCAUCAGCAAUUUGCGGGUGUAUGUGUCGAUUCGGCUAGAUGUCAAUUGUUGCUAUUAAAGUCAAAAUAAAAUUUAAAAUAUAGUAAUAUUUAACCGACAUACAUAAACAGACGCUCUUUUAAAUUUUCAUUUUGUGAAUUGCAAUUAAUUUAGUGUUAGUGUGUAGACGUUUAAAAUCAAAAAACUUUCUCAAAGGUUUAAGACAAAUAUGGAAAAUGAACAUAUUAUUGAAGACGGCGAUGCAAGUGUUUUCCAGAGUACAUUUGACAAUCUUUUUAUUUUGAGAGAAUUCUCUAAUAUAUCAAGUAGCUUAAGUGAUGAAGAAUUUCUGGCAACUGUACCUAAAGAAAAAAUUGAAAGUGUUCGUUGGAUAUCAGUAUUCCGAUGUAUUAAACAAGACAUUUUAGACAUGAUGGUUAGAGAAAUGAAUAAAAUGUGGAGUACUGAAGAUAUGCGUCAAAAGUUAGAGAUACUUGAAACACAGAGAGAAAAAUAUGCAGAAAUCAACCCUCAUAACUCUGCUUGGCGACCCCAGCAUGAUAGUGUUAAAAAUCAAUUAAGAGCUUUAGAUGCUGGUAUUUUAAGAAAUCAAAAAGCAUUGCUAGAAUCAUUAUUAAAAGACUAUGAUGAGAAAGUAAAUAAGUUACAGAAGACAGUUCAGGCUAAAAGACAAUAUCUCAAAGCUGUCACAAUGGAUAUUCAAAAAUAUGAAAAGAAUGUUGAAGAAGUGAUGUCUAAAAUAUGUGAGAAGAUUCAAACUCAUACUGCAUUGGGAGAAGAGAUAAUACCAAAGUUUGAUAAUGAUGUAUGGUUAAGUAAUACCCAAAAGGAUGUGGAGUAAGAAUGGAAUAUUCAAUAAAAUUUAUAUUUCAGAAAAAAUGUACACACUUGAGAAACAUAACAAAAAUUUACCUUAUUCUAAAUCAAAUUAACAUCAAUUAGUACUUUGUGUUACAAUAAUUGUGAAGAAAUGUGUAAGUGUUUCAAUACUUCAAAGCAAAUUGCACAAGAGCUACUGCAGUGUUUUAUAAGCAAAUAAUAUCAAUAAAAAUUAUAUUAUUUUAUAUCCUAUAAUAUAGACUUUUAAAUAGAUACUUUAAUUUCUUACACAUAUUAUACAUAGUUGAUUUUGACAUUGAAUACACCUAGUAUAAAUCUUGGAUAAAGCACAUGGUUUAAUGCAACUAAAUAAAACAAAAAUAAACAUCUGAUUUUUAUAAAGUAAUAUUUAUUAAUGAUUAAUAAUUAUUGACAUUGUUAACAUAGCUAAACAAUAAAUUGUACAAUGCAAUACCUGCAUAUAAUUUUUUAUAUAUAGCAAUUGCACUAUUGUUGCGAGGACUACACUGCUUUCUACAGCAAUAAUUUAUAUAAAGUAAUGGACAUGAAGAUAAAGCCUCUUGAGGAGUUUUGCUAAUUAGCCAAUAAUUUUGAAAUAUCUACUUAUUGUAAAGUAAUACUGCAUGACAAUUAACAUAAAUUUCACUGGGGAUAUCAGCAAACUCCUAUGAAAUUGCAAAGCCCUUUUUAAAUAAACUUAUUAGCUACUGAUGAAGAUUAAUAUCAUUUCUUAGGCCAGCUCCUCCUUUCAAUUUGUCCAAAUAAAAGAUAAUACGAAAUAUAAUUUAGAACGACAGCAGUUUUUAGAAAACUUUGUCGUAAAAACUUAUAAUUUUUGUUUUAAUCAACCAAUUUUACUUAAGACCUAUUAUACUUUACAUUAUAGGCACAUUAGUUACAGAAUAAGAAACUCAAACGUCUUCGAUCCACUAAAAGCUAAAUCUAAAAUGCCUCAACGCUUGUCCAAUGCCCGCAUCUGCCACUUUCACUAAAUUUUCCUACGAUGAGUCAAAGAAGAGGAAAGGCUCGCAUAAGGGACCGAAAAAGCUGCAAUCGAGAGACACCGCCGAACUUGAUCAAAAAAGAGUAGUUCAUUCUCAAAAUAAAGGCACAUAAAGUGGAAAAAUAAUUUACUAUACAAAUUUCGGCCUUGUCUUAGGAUUGCAAUAUAAUAUUAUGAUACAAUAAAAUUAUUUGUAGCAUCCUUCUCACUGUGCAGCACACUGGAUCCCAAACGUCAGUUAUUUCUUUUUGGGCGGCGACCGCUGAGGCGUGGCCGGCCUCCCGCUGUUGAUGCCAUUGUACUGAUAUUUAGCUUUCUUCUCAGAUGGUUUCAGUAUCUG